AUGGCCUUCGCACUGAGGGCGCCUUUCCGCUCAAUGGCCACUGUUGCGCGACAGUCGCUUAAAAUUGGUUUGGUACCAGCAGAUGGAAUUGGCAGGGAGGUUAUCCCUGCAGCAAAGCAGGCUCUUGAAGCUCUGGGAUCAGAUAUUCCAAAGCUCGAGUUUCACGAUUUGUUGGCGGGAUUUGAGCUCUUCACCAGAACUGGGGAGGCCUUACCCAAAGACACUGUGCAAAUUCUGAAGGAGGACUGCGAUGCUGCUCUAUUUGGUGCCGUCAGCUCUCCCUCCCGCAAGGUAUCUGGUUAUACAUCUCCUAUCGUUGCUCUGCGUAAGAAGCUGGAUUUAUAUGCUAAUAUUCGGCCAGUUGCAGCGGUCAAUGUCAAUCCCGAGGAAAAAUCCAAAGUUGACAUGGUCGUCGUUCGUGAAAAUACAGAGUGCUUGUAUGUGAAGCAGGAAAAUAUUAUCGACACUGAACAUGGUCGCGAAGCUCGUGCAACACGUUUGAUCACCGAGCGUGCAUCUAGGCGCAUAGGCAAGAUGGCAUUUGAGACCGCACUCAGUCGGCCACGAAAGCAAGUGACCAUCAUCCAUAAGUCCAAUGUCCUGUCCGUCACGGAUGGUCUCUUCAGGGAGACUGUCCGUGCCGUGCCUGCUCUGCCGGAAGUUGCUGGUCGUUAUGACAGUGUCACGAUUGCAGAACAGAUUGUAGACAGUGCUGUCUACAGGUUGUUUCGUGAGCCCGAAAUCUACGAUGUUCUAGUCGCUCCAAACUUGUACGGCGACAUCCUAUCAGACGCAGCUGCGGCACUAGUAGGUUCGUUGGGCCUUGUGCCAUCUAUUAAUGCAGGUGAUAGUUUUGUCAUGGGGGAACCUGUUCACGGCUCAGCUCCUGACAUCGAGGGCAAGGGGAUCGCAAAUCCUCUGGCAGCGAUCCGCUCAGCAGCUCUGAUGUUGCGUCACCUGGGAUAUAAUAUUGGUGCUGAUCGCAUCGAGAAUGCUGUUAACCAGGUGAUACGGGAGGGCCAGGUCUUAACACCAGAUCUAGGGGGCAAGAGCAGCACGGACGAAGUUGUUCAAGCUGUCCUGAAGAGGAUCUGA